UUCUUGUUCCCCAAUCUGCCUUGGGAUUAUUCUGGUGCAAUUCAGAAAUCCGGGCCAGCUGGGCUGAGCAGGGGAGCAGCACAGCAGCAGAGCCAGCCCAGGGCGAAGCAGCAGUCUCCCUGGCUCCCCAGUCAUGCCCCGGCAGAUCUCUGCAGUGGUGAUGGUCUUCAUGUCCCUGGCUGUGAUUUUGCAGUGUGGCAGUCCAAUAAGAGCAACAGUUUUGACAGAUGUCACAGACCACACUCCACCUACGACAGCAGCACAGGCCCCAGCAAAAGCUUCUGUCCUUCAAACAACUAACCAAGUGCCUCACAAAACUUUAGCAGCAAGAUCAAUGGAUAAUCACAUCACCUCUCAGAGAGCUGCCACAGCCUCCAAUUCUAAGAACACAAGAAAAGCUCAGGCAACAAUAUUCCUGGUAACUGCAAAGAGUACCCCAUCCACCAGUUCAAUAAUGCACACCCUAGUCACAACCCAGGCUACACCCAACACCUCUCACACGGCUGCUCCAGUCAAUGAAACUACAGUUGGCCCCAACACCUCAGACAUGACUGCUCCAGUUGCUGAAAGUACAAGCAGCCCCAAAACCUCACAUACGACUGUUCUAGUCACUGAAGCUACAAUCAGCCCCAAUACCUCACGCACCACCUCACACACAGCUGCUCCAAUCACUGAAGCCACAAUCGGCCACAUUAUCUCUCACACUACUGCUUCAGUCACUGAUGCUACUACAGUCAACUUCAGCACAGCUCCUAGUUCAUGGUCACCCACCGUCACCACACCAGACCAUACAACCCAAACCAAUCCAUCAAAUAUCAGCCACACAACAGGGGAAACCACCCAGCCCAGUAACCGGACCAUCCUUCCAGCAACUUUGUCUACAUCAUCACAUAACAGCACAACCAGUAAGGAGCCUACCCAGCCCAUCCACACCCUACAACCAGCCACAGCUGUACACAAUGCCACCCAAACAGCCUCACCUACCACCAAGGCCCCUAGGCCCACCCUUUCACCUCAGCCAUCAUCAGCCAAGACUGGUAUUUAUCAAGUUUUUAAUGGAAGCAGGCUCUGCAUCAAAGCAGAGAUGGGAAUAGAGCUGAUAGUUCAAGAUACGGCAUCGGUUUUUUCACCUAAGAGAUACUUCAACAUCGACCCUAAUGCAACCCAUGCCUCGGGGAAUUGUGGCUCCCGAAAAUCUGAUCUUCUCUUGAAUUUCCAGGGUGGAUUUGUGAAUUUCACAUUUACCAAGGAUGAAAACUCAUAUUAUAUCAGUGAAGUGGAAGCCUAUUUGAUGGUCUCAAAUCCAGAGAAAACUUAUAAAGGAAUGAAAAGUGCUGUGAUGAUGUUUGAGACGGUGGUCGGACAUUCCUUCAAGUGUGUGAGUGAACAGAGCAUCCAGCUGUCCGACCAGCUUCAACUGAAAACAGUGAACGUCCAACUUCAAGCCUUUGACUUUGAAGGAGUCACCUUCGGAAACGUGGACGAGUGUUCGUCUGACUACACAAUUGUGCUUCCGGUGAUUGGGGCCAUCGUACUCGGUCUCUGCGCUGUAGGUUUGAUUGUCUAUGGAAUCCGCCUAAGGCGUGAAUCAUCUGGAUACCAGAGAAUCUAAUUGGUUCCCAAGGGAAAAGAAAAUACUGGAGUUUAGAGGAUUGUUUUAUUGUUUCGGGGUUGUUGGGAAUUUCUCUUAAGCGUGUGGGUCUUUCCAACACUGUAAACUGCUGGCAACAACCGAGUCAUUUCUGAUUUAAGUUGAAGCAGUAUAUUAAUUUCUUAAUGUUUUGUGUUCAUUUUAUAAAAGGCUUAGUGAG